AUGAAUGCCGGCUACCACGUCGAGCUGGCCGGUGGGGGGCACUACAAUGCGAAGGGCUUGCGCGCGAAGAUCGCAGCGAUCCAAGCCAAGCUCGAGAAGCCGGGGCUGGGGUUCACGCUGAAUGCGCUGUACAUCAACCAGAAGCAGUGGGCGUUCCAGUUCCCGCUGUGGCUGGAGAUGCGCAAGGAGGGCCUGCCGAUGGAGGGCUUUGUGGUUGCGGCGGGGAUCCCGAGCACGGAGAAGGCGAAGGAGAUCGUCGACGGGCUGCGCGAGGCGGGGCUCAAGCAUGUGAGCUUCAAGCCGGGCUCGGUCGACGGGAUCCGCCAGGUGGUCCAGAUCGCCGCGGCCCACCCGGACUUCCCGCCGCUGCUGGCCACCUAUGCCUCGAUCCGCAGCCAGCCCAACCUGGUCCUGGUCGUCGGCUCGGGCUUCGGAUGCGCUGAGGACGUGUAUCCCUAUCUGACCGGCGCCUGGUCCAGGGACAUGUUCGGCGUCCAGCCCAUGCCCGUCGACGGCAUCCUCUUCGCCAGUCGCAUGAUGGUCGCUAAGGAGGCCGCUACCAGCCUCGCCGUCAAGGAACUCAUCGUCCAGGCCCAGGGCGUCCCCGACGACCAGUGGGAAGGCACCUAUGACCGCGAGACCGGCGGGAUCAUCACCGUCACCUCCGAGCUCGGCGAGCCCAUCCACAAGAUCGCGACGCGCGGGAUCAAGCUCUGGAAAGAGUUCGACGAAACGGUCUUUGCCCUUCCCCGCGCAAAACGCGCGGCCUGGCUCAAGACGCACAAAGAGUACGUCGUCAGGCGGCUGAACGCCGAUUUCCAGAAGCCCUGGUUUGCCGAGAAGGACGGCCAGCCGGCCGAGCUGGGCGACAUGACCUACGCAGAGACUGUCGAUCGGCUGGUCCGGCUGAUGUAUGUCCGCCAUCAAUCGCGCUGGGUCGAUCCUACCUUGCGAAACUUGGUUGGAGAUUGGCUUCGAAGAAUCGAAGAGCGGCUCUCCGUCGUCAACGGCGCGCCCAAGAUCUCCGAGCUCCAGUCGUACGCCGAGCUCGACUGCCCCAGCCCCACGUUGCAGAAGUUCUUUGCCAGAUAUCCCGAGGCGCGCACGCAGAUCUUGGCCUCUGAGGACAUCGUCUACUUCCUGAGCUUGUGCCAGCGCCCCGGCCAGAAGCCGGUCCCGUUCAUCCCCGUGCUGGAUGCGGACUUUGGAAUCUGGUUCAAGAAGGACUCUUUGUGGCAGGCGGAAGACAUCGACGCGGUGUUUGACCAAGACCCGCAACGGGUGGCGAUCCUGCAAGGCCCGGUGGCCGUCCGGCACUCCCGCACGACCGAGGCCACGGCGGGGGCGAUCCUGCGCGGGAUCGAGGCGGGGCUGGUUUCGCGCCUGCUUGCGGAGGAGUAUGGGGGCGACGAGGGGCGCGUGCCGCGGAAGGACUUCCUGUGUCCCCACGUGGACGGCGCGGCGAACGCGCACAUCCUGCAGACGGCGACGGGCAAGAUCGCGUGCCAGGUGCGGGCGCACGCGACGCCGGGCCACACGGAGCACAUCUACGACAUCGUCGGCGGGCUCCCGCCGAGUCUGGCCUGGCUCGAGACGCUCGCGUCCGCCGGGACCGCCGGCCGCGAGCCCUCCUGGCUCGCCGCCCUCCUCCGCUCCCAAGCCCUCGUCCACGGCCCCGAGUUCCGCCACAACCCCCUCCUCUCCGUCCUCGCCCCCAGACCCAACCAGCGCGUCACCGUCCUCACUGAUCAGAAAGGCAGGCCCCUCAACGUCAAGGUCUUCGGCGGCGUGCCCCGCCCCCGUCUCGCGCCCGCCGCCCCGCUCGUCGCCCAUUGA